AUGACAAAGGAUAGCGAUAAUCUUGACUCAACUCAACCCGCCAAAAAGCACGGCGCGUUCCGCAAGUUUCUGGGACUGAAGGCCAAGGACAAGACCUCGACCCAGCCCUCAUCUCAGCAAGUGACACCACCACCACCACCAAAUUUUACUUCACCUGUCAGUAACAGCAACCCUCCCUCUCCUCCCACGACAGUUGAUCUACCUUCCAGGGUGAACUUUUCUGAGAACAUUACCAACCCUGGCAUCAAGACGGCAUUGCCUCGUCUUCAGGAUCGAAUUGAAAAGGUCGAGCAAUUGGUCUACUGCAACACCUUGUUUCUCCAGCAUGCAUCUUCAUCGACACCCAACUUGGACAAGGCAGAACUCGAGUGGUUGGUAGUGAUGAACACGGACCCAACGGAGGAGGAUCGAUUGCGCUGGCUGGCGACUAGGAUGGUGGAAGAGUUUGUUCGAGACGCCACCAAGGAUUCGGUGAAGAUUGCUGAAAUUGUCGCCUUAGGACCUGUUCUGGAUUACGAGCACUAUCGCAAGCUGCUUUCGUCAAUUAUCAGCGGAUUCAAUUCCAAUUCCCCAGGGUACCUUGAUGCCGACGACUUGAUCAAGAUCCUCCGCAUCCUCAGGACACGACUGGAGGGAACUCACGGACAGACCUCUGAGUAUUCUUUCCAUCUCACUCUGGCGGUCUCGAGGCUGCUUGAUGUCAUGGCAGAGCAUCAAGUCCAGGAUCUGAACCGUGUAGAGGAUCAUGAGCCCCUGGCUGGGGUCUUGUCGGGUCUGAGAGGUAGCUCGGAUCCAUACCUCAUGUACCAAGCCUGCUACGCAUUCCAGGCUCUGCAGUACGUUCCUGAUGACGACACCGUCCUCCAGGCAGUUCUUCGCCACUCUGCCGGAGUCGCCAGCGGUCUAGUCAAGGUCUCGGGGUUGAUGAAGCUGGAUCUGGAAGCCAUUGUUGAGGGACUUGGUGAUCUUCAAGAGGCUCUUGGAGGUGUCUUUGACAUCGCCAGUACGACCUAUGAGGGCAUUUGUUCUGUGGUAGAGAGCGGGCGAGGAGUAAUGGAUAGUCUGAAGGAGGGGUGUGGAUCAGGCAAGAAGCGUCCUUGGUAUGCUGCGAUCCGCGCUGCCUAUUCCUUUGCUCAGGCCGGUCAGCUGAAGGAUCUUAACCAACUCGUCUACGAGGCACCCUGUCGCCGUGACCCCUUGUUCCAAUGGGGCCUCUGCCAACUGCUGGGUGAGAUUGCGUCUGACGCGAUUUGGGAUGCCGUUGUCCGCAAGCAAGCCAUCGAUCUUCUUGGAGAGUUGUACAAGAGCGACGCAGAUUGGGGACAGGAUGAAAGCGUCAAGACUUGGAUGCUCAACAUCAUCGGUCAACUCGGCACAAAAAAUGACCAGGAGGUCAGCACCCACGCUCGCACCUUACUCACGGAACUCGAACAGGACCAAGGCACCACCGCCAAUCUUCCUUACCCGCUCAGGAACCGCCUUCCUCUGCCACCAACGUCGCCUCUACUCGUCCGUGUCUUGGCCAUCCCCGACAUCGAGUUUGAUCUGUAUAAGUUGAGGCUGCAGCGACUUGAGGAACACAGGCGAGGUGUGUACAUCCCUCCCCAGGCAAAGCCCAGCUUGCAGGCGGGUAACGAUUUGCUGUUUCCACUUAUGGAGAAGGCGCUGGAGUUUUUGAAGAGUGACCGACAAGUGCUCUUGGUGCUAGGCGAUUCUGGUGCCGGCAAGUCGACAUUCAACCUCGAGCUGGAACACACUUUGUGGAAGGACUACAAGAAGUACGGUCCCAUCCCGCUCUACAUCAACUUACCCACCAUUGACGAUCCGGCGCACGACCUCAUCGAGAAGCACCUGCACUAUCACAACUUUUCAGAGGACCAGAUCUACGAGAUGAAACUGCACCGAAAGUUCAUACUUAUCUGCGACGGCUAUGACGAAAGUCAGCUUAAGACCAACAUCCACACCACCAACCAGUUCAAUCAACCAGGGCAGUGGCAGGCCAAGAUCGUCAUCAGUUGCCGCACCCAGUACCUCGGACAAGACUACCGCUCUCGCUUCCAGCCUCAGCCCAUUGAUCGAUACCAGCGUGUUGUGACAGAGCUUUUCCAGGAGGCUGUCAUCGCCGCGUUCACGAGAGCUCAGAUCCAGCAGUAUGUCGACGAGUAUGUCAAUGAGCUACCUGAGCUCGACCCUAUCCAGCAGAAGUCAUCAUGGACGGCGGAGGAGUACAUGGACAAACUGGUCAACAUCCCCAACCUUAUGGGUCUGGUCUCCAACCCCUUCCUCCUUACGCUGGCACUGGACGCCCUCCCAGCUGUAGUUGCGUCCAAGGAGGACCUAUCGGCGAUCCGCAUCACACGCGUGCAGUUGUACGAUAGUUUCGUCAAACGAUGGCUCGAGAUCAACCGUAUGCGACUAGAAGCCAGUCCGUUGAACAGAGACGAGCGAACGGAGCUGGAUAUGCUUAUCGAGGACAACUUUCUAUACCACGGUAUCCACUACCAGAAAGACCUUGCUACCGCUAUCUUCAUCGAUCAUGCUGGAAAUCCCGUCGUCAAGUACACCCACCUUCGCGACAAGAAUACCUGGAAGGCCGCGUUCUUUAACCCCAGUGGCCAAGCCAAGCUGCUUCGAGAGUCGAGUACGGUGAAGCGAUCUGGCGCCUUCUUUCGGUUCCUCCAUCGUUCACUACUGGAGUAUUUUUAUUCAAGGACGAUAUAUGACCCUCUUGAUUAUGACGAGAAAGCUGACGAUAACCUCGAUGAGCGGGAACCAGGUCCAAAUCUCAUGACCUGCCUGACUCGGAUGAACGUUGUCAAGGAACAAUCUAUCGUGCAGUUUUUGGCUGAGCGAGUGCCACAGAAUCCUUGUUUUCAACAACAACUCCUGGAUGCGAUUGAGGAGUCCAAGGCAGAUGCAGGAGCGGCGCUAGCAGCGGCAAAUUCUAUCUCGAUUUUGGUCAAGGCUGGCGUUUCGUUCAACGGCGCCGACUUUCGAGGUAUCAGAAUCCCAGGGGCCGAUAUCUCUGACGGCCAGUUUGACUCGGCUCAGUUCCAAGGGGCUGACUUGACGGGCGUCGAUUUUUCAAGGACCUGGUUGCGGAAUGCGGAUUUCAGCGGCGCGCAGUUAGAUGAUGCACGAUUUGGAGAACUACCCUUCAUUGAAGUUGAAUGCCCUGUCACGGUAUGCGCCUACUCGCCCGACGGAUCGAUGCUUGCCACUGGUUUGGAGUACGGAAACAUCGACAUCUACAAUACCACGUCCUGGAAAAGGAUUCAUUGCCUCAAGGAUUGCCACCUAGUCCGUGCUAUUGCAUUCUCACCCGACGGUCAGCAACUCGUCUCCUCUGGCCAUGGCCGUACAGUCCGGUUAAGAGAUAUCGCCAGCGGCAAAGAUGUGUUGGCCAUGAAGGGACAUAGUAGUGUUGUCAAGUCUGUGGCGUUUUCGCCUUGUGGCAAGCAGAUCGCCUCGUCUAGUCACGAGUUGAGGUUGUGGGAUUCACAGACUGGAGAGUGCCUUUUUAUUUUGGUGGGCCACACUUGGGUUGUCUCGAGUGUCAUGUAUUCGCCUGAUGGGGGACAGUUCGUAUCGGGGAGUGAAGAUGGGACGAUUCGUUUCUGGGAUCCGGCGACAGGGGUGGCAGGAGUUAUUCUGAGUCCGCCGCUGGGGAAAGUGCAUCGACUUGCAUAUUCUCAUGAUGGGCAGUGGAUUGCUUCAGGACACAAGGAUGGUGGGUUGCAGUUGUGGAACGCGUUUACCAAAGAGGCGGGUCCUGUCCUCCAAGGACAUAGUGAGACAGUUACAGGGAUCGCCUUUUCUCCGACCAGUCAGUGGCUCGUCUCGUCCAGCGAAGAUAGUACGUUGAAGCUCUGGGAUGUGUCGACAGGCGUCCUUUUGUCUAGUCUGGUUGGUCACCAGAACAUUGUCAAAGACGUCACUGUUUCACCAAACGGCCUUCAGAUGGCAUCAAGUGGAGCUGACAAGAAGAUUCGGCUAUGGGAGACCAGCUCUAGUCAAUCGUCAUCGAGUACCGAGCUGCCGGGACAGAGCGGCGAUAGAGGUCCGGUCUGGAGGGCGACGUAUUCUUCCGACGGUCAAUCUGUUGUCACCAUUUCCGACCACACCUUCCGACAGUGGGAUGCGUCGACAGGAACACUUGGCUCGUUUUCGUUCGACUUUCCAGCACCACUUUGGAUGGAGUCGGCAGAGUUUUCGCCGGAUCGCGGUCAGAUCGCGUCUUGUGGCGAGAGCGAGGGGUCGAUUCAGUUGUGGGACAGUCGUACGAGCGCAGCAGGACUCUACUUGGAGGGCCAUGUUAGUCGUGUUGUCGAGUUGAUCUAUUCUCCCUGCGGUCGAUGGAUGGCCUCAGCGAGUUGGGACAAUAUUGUGCGGAUCUGGGAUCUACGCGAUCCUCAGCAGCAGUGCCAUAUCAUUCCUGGUACAGGUGAUGAGAUCUACGAGUCUGUUGGUGGCCUGGUAUUCACGCGGGGUGAACCUCCUCGUCUUGUGAUCGGGUCUUCGAAUGGCAUUGUUCGGUGCUUUGAUCCGCGGUCAGGAGAGAUGGUGAUGUCCAAGAAGGUAACAACAGCCAGAGUUCAGCAACUGGCAUCUUCGUCCGACGGUCAGCAGCUUGCAUUGGGAAUUGAUUUCUCGGUCCACCUCUGGGAUUUGAAGUCGGAGAAGCCUAGUAUAGAGCUGAAGGGACAUACCAGCUACGUCUACUGCAUCGCCUACUCUCCAUGCGGUGAAUGGAUCGCCUCCAGUAGUGACGAUAGGACAGCACGCCUCUGGCAUCGACAGUUGAAGGAGGAGGAAGAAAUCUGGUCGUGUGUCUCUGUGGUCCGCGGGUUCUUCGGCACCGUCCAGAACAUUACCUGGAACCCAGUCAUCCCCAUGGAGUUUCUUACAGGAUGUCUUGACGGAUCUGUCCGCGUUUGGCGAGUUAUCCUCAACGACGAUGGUGACAAGGAUACUGUUCCUGUGAAGUUGGUCUGGGGUUCGAAUCUAAGGAUCCUCUGUGCCGAGGGCCUGGCGUUCAAGGAUGCUGUUGGUCUUGAUCCGAUUCACAGCAAGCUGCUAGGCCAGCGCGGUGUUGUUGAAGGUGCUGUUAUUGCUGGAGGAGGAGAUGGGUGGGGUGAAGGUGAGGCUGCUACUGCUGGAGGGGAUGGGUGGAGCUUUAGUGGAGGUGUGGUCACAGUUGGAGAUGUGUGGGGUGAUAGUGGGGCUGUGGUCACUGGAGGGGAUACUUGGGGCGAUGUUGGAGGAGUGAGCACUGGAGGUGAUACUUGGGGCAAUGGUGGAGAGAUGAGUACAGCAGGAGAUGCAUGGGGAGAAGAGGCCGCUGUAGUCAGUGACGGAGACGAGUGGGGCGAAGAAAGCGCUUUGGUUGUAGAAGGAGAUGAAUGGGGCGUCGAUGAGGCUGUGGUCACUGGAAAAUAA